AUGGACGUUUAUAAUGCAUUUCUCCAAGGAGACCUCACUGAAGAAGUAUAUAUGUGUCCACCUCAGGGAUUUCUCAGCCAGGGGGAGAAGAGUCACUUUGACUAUUCCUUGUUCACAAAGAAGCAAGGAACAAGAUUAGUCAUAAUUUUGGUAUAUGUAGAUGAUCUCCUCAUAACUGGAAAUAAUCAAGCAUUGAUUUCUGAGGCAAAGACCAUGCUACAGGGUAAUUUCAGGAUCAAGGACCUAGGAGAGUUGAAGUUCUUCCUUGGGAUCGAGUUAGCAAGGUCCAAGGAAGGAAUAUUGAUGAACCAAAGAAAAUUUACAAUAGAGUUAAUCACUAACCUUGGAUUGGCAGGCUCAAAACCUGUGACUACACCAAUGGAAUGCAACCAAAGAUUUACUACUAUGGAAUAUGAUCAACACUUGAACUUGAAAGAAGAUGAAAAGCUGGUAGACUCAGGGCCAUAUCAGAGAUUAGUGGGAAAGUUGUUGUAUCUUACUAUGACUAGGCCAGAUAUAUGCUAUGCAGUCCAUGUAUUAAGCCAGUUCAUGUAUUGUCCUAAGAAGUCUCACAUGGAAGCUACUAUAAGGGUUGUGAGAUAUAUCAAAGGAGCACCAGGCUUGAGGUUGCUGAUAAGUUCCAAACAGUCCUCUAAGUUGACAGCAUUUUGUGAUGCUGAUUGGGCAUCAUGUCCUGUUUCUAGGAGAUCAGUAACAGGAUAUGUGAUGAAAUUGGAAAAUUCUUUAGUGUCAUGGAAAUCCAAGAAACAGGGCACAAUCUCAAGAAGCUCUGCAGAGGCAGAGUACAGGAGCAUGGCAGCAUGA